AUGGCCUCCGCCCUCAGUGCCAACUCGGUCCUCGAGCUGAUCAAGAACCGUCGCUCCCACUACCCGCUGUCCAAGGACCUCAGCGUCUCCAAGGAGCGCAUCUCCGAGGUGGUCAAGGAGGCCGUCAAGCAGGUCCCCUCUUCCUUUAACGCCCAGUCCAACCGCGUCGUCGUCCUCUUCGGCGCCGAGCACGACAAGCUCUGGGACAUCACCUCCGAGGUUCUCAAGGCCAUCGUCCCCGCUGACGCCUGGGAGGGCACCGCGGGCAAGAUGGCCAUGUUCAAGGGUGCUGCUGGAACUGUCCUCUUCUUCGAAGAGCAAGAAACCAUCCAAGGCCAGCAAAAAACCUACCCCAUGUACGCCGACAAGUUCCCCACGUGGUCGUCCCAAUCGGUCGGCAUGCUGCAGUACACCCUGUGGGUUGCGCUCGAGGCCGAGGGCCUGGGCGCCAACCUCCAGCACUACAGCCCCAUCAUCGACGAAAAGGUGGCGGCCGAGUGGAAGGUUCCCUCCAGCUGGAAGCUCGACGCCCAGCUCGUCUUCGGUGGCAAGACGGGCGAGGCUGGUCCCAAGGACAUGCUGCCCAUUGAGGACCGCGUUAAAGUCUAUGGCGCUUAA